AUGAGUCCCUCAACCAUCUCCCUCAUCCUCACUACAUCCUUCUUCCUCCUUUCCACCACCAUCACAGCCCACAACAUCACUCACAUCCUCGACCAAUACCCGGACUUCUCCCAAUUCAACGCCCUCCUCUCCCAAACCCACCUAUCCGAAACCAUCAACAACCGCAAGCCCCUCACCAUCCUCGCCCUCACCAACGCCCGCCUGGCGGCCGAUGACCUCGCCAGCAAACCCGAUGACGUCAUCAAGCGCAUCCUCAGCACCCACGUCCUCCUCGACUACUACAACGUCCUCAAGCUCAACAAACUGAGGGGCAACCACACCAUCAUCACCACUCUUUACCAGUCCACGGGGACAGCAGACGAUCUGCAGGGCUUCAUCAACGUAGCACAUAACCAGGACGGAAUCUUCUUCGGCUCGGCAAUGAAGGGAGCCGCAGUCGAGUCCAAGCUCGAGGGCUCCGUGGCCGCCUUACCGUACAACAUAUCCGUACUCAGCGUCUCACACGUUAUUGUGGCGCCCGGGAUCGAUGGCAGCUGGCGCCCGGUUAACGUCUCGGCGCCGCCGCCGGAGGCAGCUGCGGCUGCGGCUGCGCCGGAAGUCGAAGCCCCGGCAGAGAGUCCAGAGGAUGACCUGCCGGUUGCUGAUGGGCCUGAUGUUGAGGUGGAAGGGCCCGCCCAAGCCCCAGCGCCGGGCCCAGGGCCCGAUGCUGAACUGGCGGAUGUUGAAGUUGACGAUGAAGUGACGGUGCCGCCGGCUAGCGGCGCUUGGAGGACUAAAGCGGUUUCUGGCUCAUUGGUCGGGCUAGUGGUGGCGGUUGCGUCGGUUUUGAUGUGGAUGUAA